AUGUCGACACCAGCAGACUCAGAAACACCAGGCGCCUCUUCGUCUACGUCGCAUCUACAGUUCUACAAGGCCACCACACCUGAGAAAUCUGAUAGCCCUCCUCCGGAUGCUGAUGCGAAUACGAUAAGUCACCAGCGAGAGUUGAGCAAGAAUAGGCUUUAUGUUGGAAACCUGCAUCCUUCUGUUGACGAGUACACGUUCCUGCAGGUCUUCAAUAAAUACGGAAAGAUAUCGAAGUUGGAUUUCCUCUUCCAUAAAUCUGGUCCUAGUAAAGGCAAACCACGAGGAUAUGCGUUCGUCGAGUACAGAGAGAAAGAGGAUGCGUUAAAAGCUCUCAUAAAUGCUCAUGAUAAACUCCUCCGCGGUCGAAAGAUCGUCGUCACAUAUGCAAACCAGGCUCCCGCAUACGAGUCUUCAUCAAUCGGUGGUUCUGGGAAACAUCGACGUACAGAGAUACAACGACCGACUACGUUGUCGUUGAUAAAGUCAGGUUCACGUCCGGGAAAGACGGAAGAUAAAAUUGCUGCAAUGGAAGCGAAGCUCCGACAGAUGGAAAAGAUCUCUUCUCCGGCCCCUUCGACGUUGCCUUCGCAUCCUUCCCUACCAUUGAAGCCGCCAAUUUCAGUCGUGCAAUCUGUUUCCGAUGCCGACACCACAUCCAAUCCCGCUCGCAUUUCGACAAUGUCCAUCUCAACAAAGAAUACCAAUCCAAACUCAGGGAAAUCAGCAGGAUCGACGAAAGCCACGUCUGCUGGUGUUGGAGGAAUCUUUGCAUCGGGUUCUAGCAGCUCACUAGGGAAGAAACCGACGUUGGAGGAACUCAUGAAGGCAAGAAAGGCUGGAGGUGCUCCUCAGGUUGUUAGGCUGCAAAGCAUUGUCACUUUCAAAUGCAUCUCAGUUAUUAUUCCAGGCGAGAGUAACGUUAGCAAUAAGCAAUCUCCCGAGAUCGCGGAACAAGCUGGCAAGUGUGAGAGCCAGUGGCUUAAAGAUAGGAAAAAGCAUUUAGACUACGAGUCAUUGUCGGAGCGGCCAGGAUGCAUCCUAAGCACUGUUGUUGAUUAA